UCCAUCCAUUCACUUACUCCUCUCUCAUCGUCUCUUCUCCUCUUCUUCUUCUUCAUCAUCGUUACUACUACUCUCUUGAUCUCUUUCCAUCAAUCCAUCACCUCUCCUCUUCAUCUUUCAUCUCGAGUAACCUUUGCCCAUCUUCAAGUAUCUCUCAAUUCACUUCCACAUUCACCGCUUGCUCUCUCUCCCACUGCCCUCCCAUCCCAAACACGCACCGCGCCGACACUGCUCUUCGCAUUCUUGGCCCACUGCUUCCACCCAUCCAUCCCUCGAUCACAGACCUCGUCAAUUGCCACUCGGUCGCUUCCUCUCCAUCCUCGUCCUCGACACACAGCCCCCGUCCACGCGUCCCCGCGUCCAUGAGCACGCGUUGACUCAUCCGACGUCAACCUUCCCCAUACACACCCCUCUGUUGUCAACACACACACACGCCAACAUCGCGUCGCGACCCAUCCGCGCGACACAAACAUUCAAACUACGGCUGCCGUGUGAUAUGGCCCAUCUCCCAAACUCGUCACUCUCCGCCACCACCUUUCCACGGCCUUCACGAACGAUGCGCACCCAGGUGUGGACACAGUCACAUCCCCUCCCCACCACCGCGCUGGCCGCCAUGGGCACACCAACAGACGACAGCCCUUUCCUUACGAACCGGCCGCCAACGAGCUUCCGCUCACCCCACUCGGCCAUCAAGGGCAAGCACAAGCUCUCUCCCUCCCCCUCCCCGCGCCACCACGACUUUGACCUCUCUCCUCGCCCACCUCUGCUUGAGCAGACGCCAAAUCGGCACACCAGCAGUGACAACUCGUCCUCACCUUCCCUAGGCGACUCACCAACUCCAGGCUAUAUGUCCUCGCGCAAGAUGCGGAUACCAGACACUCAGGAGAGCCCCAUUCGUGGCGUCCCAGGUCGUAUGCGGUCCAUGGCCGCCUCUCGCUCCCUCGCAGCCGCAGCCGGUCCCCCCAAGGACAGGAGUAGCAGUGGUGACGACUUGUUCUCGCCAGAGAUCGAUCGCAUUCAGCCUGGCAAGUCGUUGUUUAGCGACCGAGGAUCGUCUCCCACGUUUGGCAAGUCGGUGACGCCUGUGCCGGCCCCUCCUCUGUUCCAGGCUAUCCGCGCAUCCCAGUCGGGCGAUCUCAACCCAAGAAACGUCCGCCGAUCCAACCUGCCGCGAACGACAAGCAGUGUCAGGCCGCAAAAGCUCAACAGUCUCUCGUCUCAGAAGAAGGCUGUCUCGCUGGGCGACAUGCAGACCGACAAGCUCGGCAAUGACGGGUUCGAGUCUGCCUUCCUCCACGGUCGCAAGCCUCGCUCGUCUAUGCCCAACCACCCCACCCGCGGGGGCGCACACCGUCGCGAGGCUCCCAUCGCGCGCUCGAUGGGACAAAAGUCUGGCCUUGCCCUCCCGCUGCACUCUCCAAGGCCCCGGCGAUCAGAGAUGGGCUCCAACUCGUCUCUAUCAUCUAUAGCUAGCAGCGGUCUCACACCCCCUCUGCCGGAGGAACCCGUGUUUGAGACCACCAAGCACAACUUUGACAACGUGAAGCCAAACCCAGAGAUUUUCGACGCGGCAGUAGGUAUUAAGCAGAAGUUCAAGGGUCGCGAUUCAACAAGCUCCAAUGAAGGCGAGCGUCCCAUUUGCCCUCCAUCCGUGCUCCGUCUCGGCACGCUUCCGGGCCCCAGUGUGAAGAGAGCCAGAUCGCUUGGCCACCGCCCAACAGGACUGGGUAUCGAGGCGCCCAAGGAUUCGCUCGCCAGCAAGUAUGACUUUGUGGUUGAUCGUGUGUCCAACUUUGGCUUCCACACGGACGACAAGCCCAUGAUGCCGAACACGCCCGUCAAGCGGCACGCAUUUGCCCACCCCCGCUCUUCAGGCCGCAUUGCCAUGUCAGUCUCGCAGCCAGCGCUGGGCUCGGGAUUGGACUCGGACCACGUCUUCGCGCCCAAGUUGACUCUACCUCCUCAGUCGACCCGGAAGGCCCCACCAUCGAUGCGCAAGCUCAGCGCCGAUGUACCCCACCUGACCGUUACCACGACCUCGUCUCCCGACAGCAUUAUGAACGAAGGCUCAAGCCCCACCAUGAACCUUGGCUCCAGCAAGCGACUGGUUCCUGGUGGCGGUCGCAUGAGCCUCCUUCGCACGACCAGCUCCUCUACUAUGGAGAUCAGCGAAGACGAGAUCACCCCAACCAAGGGCGGCGGCAUCGCUACUGUCCUUACUGCCGUGUCAAGUCUCAAGACGCCUACCCCGAGCCCCGGCCGCCCCACAAACCUUUCGCGGUCGCUCAACGCCCUCAGCAGUGUUGCAGUUCCCCGUCUCUCCCUUCCCACAACGGAGAAGCAACAGACCAAGGCUGAACGGCGACGCGCACAUAGACAGUCUAUGCCCCUUGAGCCCGUCGAGCUCCCUGAAGAAGAGCAAGAUAUCUUCAACUCGCGCUUCAUUCCCCUCGGCCCGAUUGGGCGAGGUGCCUUCUCUACUGUUAUCAAGGCUGAGGCGCGCGAUGGCUCCGGGACCUUUGCUGUGAAGAUCACCCGCGGCGUGUUUGACGGCGUCAAAGAUCGUCUACGACACCUUGAAGAGGUCGAUAUUCUCCGCCAUCUGUCGAAGACACCCAACGACCACGUCCUGAAGUUUGUUGACGCCUGGGAGCAGAACAGACAGCUCUACAUUCAGACUGAGGAGUGCGCCGGCUCGCUCGCCGCCUUCCUCGAAAUCUACGGGCAGCAGAACGAGCACCUUCACGAGAGCUUCGUGUGGAAAAUUGCCCGCGACAUCGGUGAUGGCAUCCGCCACAUGCAUGAGCAUGGUGUCAUCCACUUUGAUCUCAAGCCGGACAACAUUCUCGUAUGCGGUGGGCGCUGUCUCAAGAUUGCGGACUUUGGCUUCGCCACGCGCUGGCCGCGUAUUUCGCCCGCUGAGAUUGUUGAGGGCUCCCAGCUGGGAGGCUCCAUUGGCGAUGUCACACAGGAGAAGCUCCACCGCGAGGGCGAUCACACGUACAUGCCUCCUGAGAUGCUGCACGGCAAGUUUGUCAUGCCAGCCGACAUUUUCAGCUUCGGCCUCAUUCUCCUCGAGACGGCCAUGAACAUUUACCUUCCAUCGGGUGGUGAGAGCUGGACAGCGCUCCGCCACGACAACUUCGGUUUCCUCGACAUGUCCAUGGUCAGCCCGCAGCUCACCGAUUUCAUUUUCACCCUUCUCAACUCGGAUCCCGACAAGCGUCCGACGAUCCAGCAGAUUAUGGCCCACCCCGUCAUCCAGCGCUCCUGGAACGGUGGGCCGGCGCUCAACCCCGAAGCUCAGGAGUGGCUGAACUCGAUUCUCACCGGUUCGCCAAUGCCCGAACCGUCGUCUACAACAACCCCGCCGGCCGGGCUCGACGGCGAGGGUGACGUGAUCAUGGGCGAUUAGGCCAACAUCAUAUCUAUCACAUGUCCAACACGCACGCAGUGCCACUAUCAAUCAAGACCGAAUCAAAUGUACAAUACCGAUCCAUCACAUAACACCACCGGAUACCGACCGCAAUUGAAUCUGAAUGUAUAGACGUAGGUAUAGCAGUAGUGUACAUGCGCUUUUUUGUGUAGGGAUUAAGGCGGAGGUGUCUCAGCCUGUGCUCAAUGCAAAUAUACGAACGCC